AUGCCCCAUCCUGUGUGUCUACCCCAUCCAGAGACUAAUGAGGGGAAAGUGGACCUGACUGCUGGGGGAAAGAAGGCAGGGCCUCCUGGGCCCAAUGGCCCUCCAGGACCUCCAGGACCUCCAGGGCCCCAGGGACCCCCAGGGAUUCCAGGAAUUCCUGGAAUUCCAGGAACAACUGUUAUGGGACCACCUGGCCCUCCAGGUCCUCCAGGUCCUCAAGGACCCCCUGGCCUCCAGGGACCUUCUGGUGCUGCUGAUAAAGCCGGAACUCGAGAAAAUCAGCCAGCUGUGGUGCAUCUACAGGGCCAAGGGUCAGCAAUUCAAGUCAAGAAUGAUCUUUCAGGUGGAGUACUCAAUGACUGGUCUCGCAUCACUAUGAACCCCAAAGUGUUUAAACUACAUCCCCGCAGCGGGGAGCUGGAGGUACUGGUGGACGGCACCUACUUCAUCUAUAGUCAGGUAGAAGUGUACUACAUCAACUUCACUGACUUUGCCAGCUACGAGGUGGUGGUGGACGAGAAGCCCUUCCUGCAGUGCACUCGUAGCAUCGAGACAGGCAAGACGAACUACAACACUUGUUAUACCGCUGGUGUCUGCCUUCUCAAAGCCCGGCAGAAGAUUGCAGUGAAGAUGGUGCACGCCGACAUCUCUAUCAAUAUGAGCAAGCACACCACUUUCUUUGGGGCCAUCAGGCUGGGUGAGGCCCCGGCAUCCUAGAUUCCCCCUGUUCUGCCCCCAUCAAUGCCUCUGCCCCAGGUUUGGGAGCUGAGACUCCCAGAGCCUCUAAGUGCUGCUGUUGAGUGAGGUAUAAUGAUGUUGCAGCCUCAGAGAGAAAUGCCCCAGUGCUAUUUAUUCCCCAGUGACUUCAGGAUAACAAGCUUGACUUUCCAGAAUGACCUUGAGUUAGCAGGACAGUUGAUGGAGCCCCAGGGUUUGCAUGAAACAGAACCACUUUCUUUGGUUCCAUGUGGACUGGCUUAUCACAUGACUCUUCAACCCCAAGGUCCCUGUUGUCCAAUUUAUAGCUUAUUGCACUAAAAUAGAGGGUUCAGGGCAGCAGGCAAGAGAAAACCAAGGUGCACUCCAGACUCUGGGGGUGACCAUCUGACCUGAAGGGGGCUGCUGCGUCAGGGGCACACCUGUAGCAAGCAGAAGUAUGAGCAUCUCUGGCUCCUAUCUUGGGGGGCAGGGGCCAUGAGGGGAGUGUUGUGGCCUGAGGAGGACUGGGAGGAAAAAUGCAAGUGCUUGUGGCAGAUACCAGGGGAGAAACUGCCAAGCGGUGCAUCCUCAGCAGUGGAAGCAUUCCUGCUGCUCCGAGUUACAGCCUGCAAGAAAGUCAGAUGGCCCUUCCCACUCAGGCUGAGAGCCACAUUUACAGGCAGCUUUCUGGGCUUUGGAGACAGGGGGUUUGGUCUUCCUCUUAAUGAUUGCAGGGAACAGCCACAAACAUGCCUGCAUCAGAACCGGAAUCCAUACUUGGACCCACGUGCCUUUCACUUUGUUUACAGCUGUGCUCCAUGCUCAGAAAAGUACCUAGGGCCCCUCCCAUUUGUCUCACUUCCCAGCUUGUCUAGAAAUUUUGUCUUCUUUCCCUCAGAGUCUACCUCUGUCUGAGACAGGUGCCCAACCUGGGACCUGUGCUUCUGUGAGUCUGGGAUACUCUUUAGCUUACCUGGGCACAAAGAGAGUGUCCCAUUUAUUAAGCAACAUGAAUAUUAUUCAUUUAGUUGGGUUGUAUCUGGGGCAAAGGGUUAGGUUGGAUGACCUCCAAAAGUCCCUUUAAGUUCUAGUAUUUGAGACUCUUAAUAGGCAGUUACCAUAAUAACCUAAUAAAAUUCCCAAACCCUACACUGUUCCUUGGUAUCAGCAAGGCAGAGCUUUUCUACCUGUCCUAGAAAGGGCAAGAGAUGUGAGAUAGGUCCAGAGGUUCUCUUGUCAAGUUUGUUGCAACCCAAGUGGUCAUUAGCUCAGGCCUUAUCUGAAAGGACAGCAGCCGAUACCCUUUCUUUCCCCUGGCUACAGAAAGUCACCACAGAGCAUAGCCCCCAUAGAUUCCAGGGCUGCUCACCUGGAAUCCAUGCUCAGAUGAAACCAGCAUCUAGGCAUUGGGCAGGGCUUUGCCCCCUCGUUCAGGUCCAAAGGCACCUUCCCCCCUACUCCAAGCUUUCCACCAGAUGAUAAGGUGGGACCACUCAAGGACCUUGUUUUUUAAUUGGGUCCUUAAGGCUAUUCUUCUGCCUGGGUCCAGCCUGGCUUCCAGGUUCUAGGUCCAGUCCAAAGCCGGGGGGACCAACCUUGGACCUUCUGCUGCUCUUGCCCUAAAGCAUAUUUCCUUUUGAGGAGAUGGGGGAUAAGUUCCUUCAGGCAGCUGAAAUCCUCCAAGAACUACAGGUACUUUUUUCUCAGCUGUGCCUUCCCUUUCUAAGCAACUGCACUGCUUGGCCCUUCAAGGGUCAGGGCAAGAGGUGUUGAGAUAUGCCUCUGUUGACUGGUUGCUAAUGACAGCCUUACAACCCAAGGUGAGGCAACCUUUAGGCAUAUAUCUGGCCCCAACUCCUAGAAAGCACCUUGAGCAGUCCUCAGUUGUAUCAGGAAUUGAUGAGAACUUCUCCUUAAAGUUUAUAAAGUACUUUCUCUUUUAUUAUAUCAGUUGAGGAAAGGAGGGCAGAUAAUAUCCCAAAUCCCAUUGUUUUAGAUGAGGCUCAGAGGGAUUAAAUGAUUUGACCAAGAUCUCACCCAGUUUAAGUCAAGACCUGGGUCUUCGACCAGGUCUGACUCCAAAAUUAGUGCUACUCCACAACACCGCAGCAUUGUAUUGAAUUUGGGGUCUAGAUAGAACCAAUGAAAGUAGUAAUGCAGAGCCAAAAUCUCUUAGGAUCCUAUGGAGAAACCCAGAGAUGCCCAUUUUUAUUUUAUCCUUGAUGGUCAUGCCUGUGCUCUUGGUUGCCAAGGACCUCUGUGGCAGAAAAGCCAGACACUUAUUAGGGAAAUGGCCAUCAGCCUUUGAGCUUUAUGUUAAGGAACUUCCUGGCCUCACUUCCAAGCAGAGGUUUCCAGUACCCACAAAAGAGAUGACCCACAUGUUCUUUCAUCCAUCAAGUGAACCAACCAUCCCUUAUGUAUGGAGUCCCUACUGUGGCUAAGGUCCUCCUUUGGUUACCCUUCAGACAGGUUACAAGAGCUGGUCCACUUCACACAGCUACUAGUUGCCUCCUUAUCUCUUUCUGCCAUACCACAGAGACCUUGUCCUACUGGCAGCUCAGAGAUGGAGGGAAGACCUGAGAGAAGGCCAGUUCUAAAGCCAAAAGAGUGAGAGAAGGGAGAAGGAAAGGCCUUCCAAAUUGUGCCUGUAAAGGACAUAGUGACACCCCAUCCUAUUCUCCAGAAGUGGAGGGGAAUUGGGGGGAAUAGGAUCCCCACACCAUCCUUUAUUCAUUAUGAACUCACAAAAGGAACCCCAGAGGGAAGGGGGUGAUGAUAGAAGCAGUAGGUAGCCAGGGAGCCCUGUUGCUGCAGUUAUUGGCAAAGUGGUGAAGCAAUUUACUGAUAAGAGAAUGGGAAAUAGCUUUACAGUUUGGAAUAAUGCCAAUGUGAGUUUACCAGAGGGCCAAGGCUAGCACAGAGAAUGGGAUGAUGACGUUUGUGAGCAAACAAAUGAUAGAAGUUUCAAGGAGAAUUGCAUGGCAGAGACCUUUGCCAGCUUCUGGACUUCAACUGCCAGAUGUUGGGGGCUGCUCAGCUCCAUGGUUCCCUGGAAAAUGUAGUAUUUGCCUCAUUUCCCCCUUUUCAUCCAUCCUGAGCCAAAUUUAUUUUCCUGAACAGGAAAGGGCUAGAAACCCCGAAGGUGAACAAAGACUGAUCCACCAGUGAGUAUGUGUGUUUUAUGUAACUUCUGGUGGAUGCAAAUAGAUUCAGAGAAAUUUAGAGCUAGAAUGGCCCUUAGAGAGAAUCUAGCCAAACCUACAUUCUACCCUAUGUUACUCAUGUGGAAACUGAGGCCCAGGGAGGGAAAGUGACCUGCCCAAGGUGGUAAACAUGCUGAGACUAGAGCCCCCACCUCCUGAAUCAGCAGAGUGAAGGGUAAGACAGUCGCUGCCCCACACAGGCCCCCUUCUUUCUGCUACCCACAGACUCGAGCUGGAAGGGCUUGGCCCCCUUCAGGAGCCUGGUGGGGCAGACAAGAGAGUAGCCACAGCCUUCAUCAGAAUUCUUCCUGAAGGCUUUUGGUUGGCCCUGUACCAGGAAGUCCUCAGACCACCCUGGUGCUGCCUCAGGUGCCAUUCCUGCCUAGAGGCUCGCCUAAGCCAUGUAAGCACAAAGAAAGAAGCUUUGAAUCCAUUUCACAGCUCUCUCCAGGAAGGGUUGGGGUGUGCCAUUUCUUGAUUCAAGAAGCUUCCUGCUGGGAUGGAGAAAUGGCUUUGUUGUGAGAAUUGCCUGGAGCAGGCCCAAUGCUGCUUUGGGGGUCAGUAUCCAGUGUGAGAUACUGUGUAUAUAAACUAUACAUAAUGUAUAUAAACUGGGAUGUAAGUUUGUGUAAAUUAAUCAUUUGUUCUUUGCAAAUAAAGCUCUUUUUUUCCCUCUCUCGAAACCACUUUGAGCACUUCCUAUAUGUUAGGUGUUUCUUUGCAAGUGACUCCACACGUGAGC